UAAAAGAGUGAAAGAAAAAGAAUGGCUGCCCUCUCUUGCAAACAACGACUCAAGUACUCAGUGGUGAAAUGGUCAAGUUAUUCCUACAAUUAUGUCCCAGAAAACAUAUGUCAUGACAAACCGGGCGACCAGACUUCAAGAUGGUCUUCAGAUUCCAACAACCCUCCUCAGUAUUUGGUGCUCAAACUGGAAAGACCUGCAAUUGUGGAAACAGUAUCAUUUGGCAAGUAUGAGAAAACUCAUGUGUGCAAUCUCAAGAAAUUCAAAAUCCAUGGUGGACUCACUGAAGAUCAUAUGAUUGAAAUCCUAGACAGUGGUUUGAAGAAUGAUCACACACCAGAAUGUUUCAGUCUUCGACAUGAAAUAGAUGGCAAUCACUUUCCUUGCAGAUAUAUCAAAAUAGUCCCAAUUCAGGCCUGGGGUCCGAGUUUUAACUUCAGCAUUUGGUAUGUAGAGCUGUACGGCCGUGAUGAUUGGGAUGCUGUGAAACCGUGCAUGAACUGGUACAAUACAUAUCGGGAACGAGAAGCAAUCAGGUUGUGUUUGAAACACUUCCGACAGCGGCGGUACAUCGAGGCUUACGAAGCUCUGCAGAAGAAGACAAAGAUUGCUCUAGAGCACCCAAUACUUACAGAGUUACAUCACUCACUGGUUAUGAAAGGAGACUUUGAUGCUUGUGAAAAAUUAGUUACAAAGGCAUGUGAAGAGGGACUCUUUGACCAGUACAUAAGUCAGCAAGAUUAUAAACCCAAAUGGACAGCAAUUCAGCCAGUCAGCAAAAAUAAUGAUACCAACUCAGUGUUUCGUCCAGGGAUGCGAGGCGGACAUCAGAUGUGUAUAGAUGUACACACAGAAACAAUAUACUUGUUUGGAGGUUGGGAUGGCAAUCAUGACUUAGCGGAUCUCUGGGGUUACAAUGUUCCCACCAGACAGUGGACAUGUGUGUCAAAAAACACGGAGGAAGAGGGUGGUCCAAGUGCCCGAUCGUGUCACAAAAUGUGUCUGGAUCAUGAAAGGAAGCAGAUCUUUACACUGGGGAGAUACUUAGAUGCUUCCAUGAGGUCACAAGACAACUUAAAAUGUGACUUUUACAUGUAUGACGUGGGGUCUGGUCGGUGGACGGAAAUCACGGAAGACACAGCAGCAAUGGGGGGUCCACGUCUUAUUUUUGACCAUCAGAUGGUCAUUGAUGUUGAAAAGCAAACUAUUUAUGUUUUCGGAGGCCGGGUACUUACAAGUGCAAAUGAAAAUGAGCGAGGUCAUGAGCCAGUAUUUAGCGGGUUGUUUGGCUAUCAUAUACCAACAAACACCUGGUCCAGUCUCAUCGAGGACAGUCCAGAACUCAGGUCAAGGAUUGGUCACUCAAUGCUGUUUCAUCCAAUCCGACGAGUACUGUACAUAUUUGCUGGUCAGCGGGCAAGAGAGUAUUUAAAUGACUUCCUAACAUACAGCGUGGACACAGGGUUGGUGGAGACAAUAUCAGAUGGUACAAAGAGGGAUGGCUGUCAAGCAGUUUUGUCUUCCUCAGGUUUCACACAAAGGGCAACACUUGAUCCGGAAUUGAAUGAAAUCCAUGUACUGUCGGGACUCAGUCGAGAUAAGGAGAAACGAGAUAAUGUCAAAAACUCAUUCUGGGUUUAUGACAUUGGGAAAAACAAGUGGUCAUGCAUCUACAAAAAUGAAAACACUGGGCAGCAAUACUGGAUAAAACAGCAGCAUGUCGAACCAGUGCCGAGGUUCGCACAUCAACUGGUGUAUGACCAUGUCAGGAAGGUCCAUUACCUUUUUGGAGGGAAUCCAGGAAAAGACAGCCUACCAAAAAUGAGACUUGACGAUUUUUGGUCUCUGCAACUCUGUCGUCCGUCAGCAGAUCAUCUUCUCCGUCGGUGUCGGUACCUCAUCAGGAAGUACCGUUUUAUGGAGCUGGCUGCAAGUGAUCCGAAGAAUGCCAUGAUCUACCUGCAGAAUGAACUAGCCAACACUGUCGACCAUGCAGAUACCGAGGAGACAAGGGAGUUUCAGCUCCUUGCCUCUUCCUUGUUCAAUGAUGGUACUGAAAACGAAGCAUUGGAAGAUGCCGAUGUGAGUGAACAUUUUCAAAGUCGGACAGAUCUGUUUGAUUUGCUGGUGAACUACUUUCCUGAUCACAUGACACAACCUAAAGGAAAUCUGGUGGACUUGAUACCUCUCGACUAAACUUGGCAUUGAUAGGUUAGACUGAGAGUUGCUCAACAGUGAUCAGUCGCUUCCCCCGCGCAAUACAAUGGGCUUUCAUGUAUAGAUUUGUACUGACACAUAUACUGUUGGAAGAGGUGUGUGUCUGAUGAUGUUUAUGUGUAAUGGUGACUGAGAAGAUGCAAAAAUGUUGAUAAAAUCAGGAAUUGCAGCUGUCACAGUUACUUUCAAGAGUUUUUAGUAGAUCUUGGUGCAGUAUUGUGAACUUAAGGACAGAUCUGGUUAUUUGGAAAGGAAUUCUCUUUAAAGAGUUGGAGCGAUUUUUGUCCCAAUGCUAGGAGUUAAAAGAUUGAUAUGUGUUAUGUUGAAGCAUGUUCAUGUAUUUAUAGGCACAGGUUGUUACUCAAUUCAUCUUUACACAGAUUUGUCAAUUGUUUCUGGUUUUACUACACACUAUCAACAAUGAAAGUAAUAAUGCAUGCUUAGGUAUUUUCAGGAGAGAAUUGCUUGUACAAUGUUAAUGGUGAAAUUCUGAAGUUUUAUAUGCUGGAAUCAUCUGAGCUGAAAAAUCUAUGUUAUUAUUAAUAUUAUUGCAUGAAGAGGAAUACAUUAUUGUAUUGAAUCAGCAUGAGGUUUCGUAUGUUUUAUGUAGUAUUUGAGCAGUGUGGUUAUCUCCCUUUGACCAGCUGGCCUGGAUAGGAUUGAACUUACUGUUGAUAUUAACACACUAGUCAAACUGUGAGGCAGAAUUAUUUCCCAGUACCUGGGGCUGAUUUCAGUAGGCAGAUUUCAGGUACAAGAUGCUGGGAUUUCUGUAAUACUCUGAAACUACAACCAAAAACGCUCUGGGACAUGGAACAAAAUGACUGUAUUCUGUAAACCGUAAUUCUGGGGACAUGUCAUUUGUCGUGUAUGUUGGCUUUGGUUCACCCACACCCACACCUGAAAGUCCAAUAAUAUAUGACUAGACCAGUACCAAAAUAAUGUUCAGAUUUCUAAAAAGAUUAUUUGGAGAAUUUCGUUUCUAAUAUUGCCCCCACAUGCAUGUAUUUGGGAUCCAUUUUGGCAACCCCACAUUGUGACAUUUUGGUGUCUGUUAGAGUUGCGUAGGUUAGGGGUAGGAGGUGGAGUGGAAUGUUCCAAAUAGGUUACAAGCUUUCAAAUAUUAUCAGUCAUUAUCUUCCAGCUUUUAUGAGUGGGAAGAACAUUCUAAAGACAUUUGCUAAAGCAGGGUAAAAUGUACAAGGGUUGUCACAUGUAGAUGCAGGGUUCCAUGUAGAUGGUGUAGUAAGGUGGUUUAUUCCAUGUGAUAUAAAAACCACAUCAUAUUAUUGAAACAAUGUUUAUUUAUGGACGUUAUUUACAAGUAAUGUGUUAUUAAUUUAUUGAUGGGAGAAAAGUGACACUAUAUCAUCACGAUACAGAGCUGAUGCUGCAAGCAAUGUGAAGUGGGAGGGGGAACACAUGUUGUGGAGUUGUCCCUCUUUGGCAUGCAAGGAUCUGCUGAUCAAUGGCUUGAAUUCACCAAGAUUAUGAUCCUGCAUCUUUCAGCAUCAUACAAGUGUUCAUGAGUUUCAAUAAUCUGGUAACCAGUGCAUAUUGGUUUCACCAAAGUGGUAAGUGUCUACAACUUGGUGUUUAUCACCAUGCUUUGUUCCCAGAUCAGUUAGUCAUGCCAUGAUAUACUUGAAAUGCUGCUGAAAGUGGCUUUGCACUGAACACACUUACCAGUGUGGCAGUAGUCUUGGGUUUCCUGUUCUGAGAAACAGGUUUCUUUGAGAGGCAUAUGGAAGCUGGAGUAGUAAGUAAGGAUAAGCUAUAUGGAUGAAUGUAUAUAUUGUAAUGAAGAAGUUGUUCAUCUGUAUAUCUUAUCCUGCUUACACAUUUAGCAAAUUUGUAAUAAUAUGACUGAAUACUCUCCCAAGUAGUGUUGGACCUCGUUAACAUUGUCUGGUCGUACUGUCAUUGACUUCUCAGAUCCUUCAACAAGUGCAUUUAUAAAAGUUAGACCAUCAUCAUCUGUGGUAGACUUCAAUCACUUCAGUGAUAAAAUGGUGACCUUUCUUUGAAAGAGCCUGUUAGCUGUGGUUGAAAAUUGACCUCCAGAAUGGUGCUGUUACAGCUUGUUUAGCUUGACCUGAGCUACUCUACAUAUGCAUGACACGGGAGGCCAAAUGGCAGAAACGGCAGGUCGUGUUAACUUCAUUAAAUAGGGGAGCUUUUUCCUUUCUUGUUCUAUUUGGCUCACGGUUGCAUUGGAAACACCAGUUGCUGCUGCUCCUCGCUGCUUAAAAGCCCGAAUCGGAAACAUUAAUCCAGCUUCUUUUUUAAAGAAAGUUAGGACAUCGCUGACAAUUUCUCAACACUGAGAUGUCAAACGGCGAUCUUGUCUUGGCUGUUUGGACAAGGUGCACCCUUUCACAAUAAUAGACCCAACCAGUUGUGACACGGUCACAGGAUGCAUUAGUAUUCACUUGAUCAGGUCAAGCUGAACAAGCUGUAGGGAUGUGAGAAACUCUCAGGUACUGACUAACGUUUAGGGACAGGGCAAGAGGAUACAUAUGUAGUCAGUAUUUGAUCUACUAAUAUUCGUCAACAAUUAUUUGACAGAUUAUUAAUGAUCUCACAGAUGUCAUCUAACUUUCAAGGGGCAAUAAUUCAUGAAAUAUUGUGUGAUGUUUUAGGUGAAUAACAGCCAUUUACACUGAAAUAAUUUGACCCAGGAAUUGUGGUUGUGUUAGUAGUCAUUAGGCAAUCUUUAUCUAUAGAAAUGUAAUUCGUCUUCUGGCAAACAUUACCUGCAGGUUUUUAAAUGUAGCCAUUAGGUAAGUCAUCUGGGUCAGUGCUUGUGGAUAAUCAUUAUCAUCAGGUCAUGGCAUCUGAAAUUUGUUCUUUUUAUGACAUAGAUGUUCUUUCAUUGAAGAUAUUAUAUUUUUUUUGUUUUAAGGCUGAAUUUUAUCCAUUUUCAGUUUGUGCCCAAAAUGUUUGAGUCUGUUAACAUCAUUUUCAGUUUUUAGUGUUGUUGACUAAUAUUAGCCGACUUGACCAAAGAGACCUUUACUAGACUCUGGCAUUGGACUAGUGGCUAAAGUCAUGAUUUUGGCAAAAUACAUUCUGAAAAGAAUUCAGUUUGUGGUCAAGAUGCUGAAAUUAUCUGUUUCUCAAGCAUUUUGUUCAGCUGACCAGGGCACAGUUAUCCAGGUUAGAAAGAAAAAGGGUGAACUGGGUGCACCCUUGACUUUCAUGGAACCUAUAAACAGGCGCAAAAGAUUAAUAUUUUGGAACAUGGGUAUUUCUUUUUCCCUGAAUACCGGUCUUAAUGUCUCUCCACAAUUCCAUGAUUAGUUAAUUAGCUCUGUAAGGGUACACUUGUCAUGGGUUCGAAUCUCAGAUGUGCCCCAGUGUGGCUUCUUGACUUGUCAGCAGUGUAUCUGUACUCACAGGUUUCACCAAAGAGAGAAACGUCUUGGACCAUCAUCACUUUGGGCUUUCCUCCAACAUUAAGCUGACACCCUGUGACAUUACCAAUUUUUGUUCAAAUAGCAUUAUACAUACAGGUCUCUCAGACAGCAGUAAUCCGCAUGUUCGGUGUGAAAUCAUCUUAGCACUGCUUUGUUCCCACUGUAAUAUCUGCAAAUACCCAUUUUCUGUUAAAGCGUUUGUUUGUUAUGCCAAAGACCCAAGUUCGAUUCCCCACAUCGGUACAAUGUGUGAAGCCCAUUGCUAAAAGCAUCGUAAACCUAAACUCACUAAAUCAUACCCCAUUGUCUGUUAGGGUGGGUGAUUUUCUGACUGUUAGAUGGAUAGGAUAAAACAUCACUCCAAUAUUUGAGUUUGGGUAAAACCCAAAGGAUGCAAUGACUGAGCUAGUAAAAGUAAGGGCAUUAGCCCAAUUUACCUGGUAAGGCCAUCCCUGCCCAAAGGUUUUACUAUGUCUACAAAAAUCAAGGAGGUCUGUUUUGUCAAAGUUUGGUCUAAAUGGAAAAAAAAACAUUUAAGGAUAUUUGUUUGAUAUCAUAAGAGUGUAAAGAAACACUCAUAAAAUAUAUCUGCUUAAGAAAUGCUUGCUGAACAUUGUACCGUAUUAUGAACUGCUCUGUAUUACAUGCUCUGUGGACUUAUGUUCAGAGAGAGAGAGAGAGAGAGAGCCUCACUCCAUACCCAAAAUGAAAAAGAAUAAUUUCUUGCCAUUAAUUUAUAACAUUAAAUGUUGGAAAACUCCACCUGCUGCUCUGCUCGUGGGGUGUUACUGGUAAAAGUAUAUCUUACUUGUACAAGUAAAAAGAAAAACCUUAUGACCGGGUUAUUACUGAAAAGACCAAAAGAAUGGUCAGUAUCUGUGAUAGGUUCAUAAGCUUGACCCUUGCCUCACCCAUUGCCUUUGAAUCUGAUGCAUGUUUUUAAGUGUGUCAGUUCAUGUGUCCAAUUAUUGUCAUCCAAAUGCAACAAAUGAAGUCCACACAUGGGGGUCUUGCACUGUGUAAUUGUACAUAGCUUUGUUGGCAUUUCCAGUGUGAAUAGCAGGUGACUGCAGAAAAUGGUCCGGGUGGAUAGAUUGGGAUGAGAGCAUGCUGACCUUUGAACAAUAACCUAUUGGCAGUGUUUGAAAUUAACAUUUUGACGGCCACAACGAGUAUACUCGUAGAAUCAAUGUCUGGCCCAAUUUGCCACAAUGAGUUAUCUCGUAGCUAUAUCAGUGGUAUUUUAAAACAAGUUUCACAUGUUGGCAAAACAGGCACGAGAAGCAAUCGUCACCUGGCGGUAACCAAGAACACCAAGAAACGUUUAUUUCUUGUGUCUAUUUUGCCAACAUGUGAAACUUGUUUCAAAAUACCACUGAUGUAGCUAUGGGGUAACUCGUAGAGGCAAAUUCAGCCAGAAUUGAUACUACGAGUAUACUUGUGAUAGGCAGUCAACGUGUUAAAUAGGAUCCAAGGCCCAGUUUCACAGUACGAUCUCAGCAUUUAGGUGAUCGAACCUUUCAUACUUUAACAUUGGCCUGAGAUCAACGUAGUACUGAAAGCAUUUGUGGAAUAGGGUACUGGGGUCCGUGAAAUUUGCAUUCUUAGUAUUUGAAUCUUAGACUCUUUCCUCCUUCAACAUAACUUCAUUUAUAACUUUAAUCAGGUUAUGACAAAGAUCCCUUUACUUGGAAACUUACUUUCAAACACAGCUGGGUCCAUGUUCAGCGAACCACAGCUGGGUUCUGUUGAUGGGAUGGAGAGCUGGGUUAGAAUUGGUCUUGAGCAACCCUUUUUGGUUGUAAGAGGUGACUAUCAUGAUCGGGUGAUCAGGCUCUACUGACUUGGUUGAUGCAUGUCAUCGUAACCCGAUUGCAUAGAUUGAUGUUCAUGAUGUCAAUCACUGGAUUGUCUAGUCCAGACAUGAUUCUUUACAGAACACCAUCAUGUAGCUGGAAUAUGCGGAGUUCAACAACAAAGGAACUCUUACAGUUUGUCAAUAAUAUUGCUGACGAUAUGAAAUAUGUUAUGAAACCCCAAUGAGUCAUUUCACAUAUUGGUAUGAUCUCAAUCCUUAUCACCUAUUACAACAGGAAUUUAAUGCUCAGGAUCUAGUGUUCACUCCUUAUAUAAUCAAAACGCGUGAAAUCACAUGGCACAGGGUCUCACAUAUUUUCAGGCAAUGUGAGCAGUUUGCAGCAACUCACAAAGUCUAGUCCAUUUUAUGGACCUGGGAUAUGCUGUGAUAAUGUCUCUGUUAAAAAAGUGAAAAUGGGCAGGGAUUGUUGUAAUAGAAAUAUGAUGUACAGAAAUGGUUAGGGAUCAUGAAUAGUAUUUUGUUUUGUAGUGAAGCCUGAGCAUACAAUUACAUAGAAAAAAUAAAUCCCCCGAAAAAGUCAUGAUACUUUUGUUGUUCAGCCUUGCAACUUCUAUUUUGUUUCUGAUUCAUGAUUUGGAGUAGUCAUAAUUCUGUAAAUUUCCCUUAUUCCAAUGCAUCAAUACUAUUGGUUGAUAACUUACUUGAUUAAAUGCUACUUUAGGAGCAUCGGGGAUGGGAUUUUCGAAGUUGAGAUAUACAUGUAACAUGCAAAUUACCCACAUGUUGGAGCAUCAUUGCCAAUAGAUAUCCCAGGUGACUAAGUUUGUAAUGAAGAAAUGAUAUAUUUGUUUAAUUAAAUGGUUUUAAAUACUUUGAAAUGGCAACAAGCCGUUUCUGUGCAUGUAGUAAUCAUUGUUAAUAUACAACUGAUAUUUGACACAAUAUCCAAGGAGUUAGCAUACAUUAUUGAAUCUGCGUAGACAGUAUUGUUAGACAUUUGUAACUUAUCAACUGUACAGUUCUAAUAAUUAAAAUGCUCGUAUGAAUGUCUGUGUAAAUGUGAUGUCCUCCUUCAUGUCGACCUUGUCAAACAUCAUAUUAUACUCUUGCUAUGAGCAGUUAUCCAAAUGUAUAUAUAUCAUGCAAAUAUUGUAAAUAAACAUCAAUCAAAUCUU